CAGAAUACCUUUGACAAGCCCCACCUACUGUACACGCGCUUGGAGCGCUUACGUCUUUCGGUUUCGUUCGUAGACCGUCCACGGCUGAUGCUGUUUAUAUCGCUGACCGAACCGCGUAUUUGACACAUGACAUUUUAAACCCCGGUGCUGAAACCUGAACGUGGCUCUCAAGCUUAGAAAAGAUCUGAGGGAUUGCAUCACUUAAUCCAAUGGGUGUAUUUCUGUCUCAAGUCAUAUAAGUAAGCAGGCUGGAUGAGUGGGCCAACUUUUCCCCCCUCUGCAGAGGUGGCUGAGAUGAACCGCAUCCAUUACGAGCUGGAGUACACAGAGGGGAUCAGCCAGCGGAUGCGAAUACCCGAGACCCUCAAAGUGGGCCCAGAGAGCCAGACAGGCCCUGCUCUGCUCCAGCAACCCCUGCCGCCUCACACGACUCUAAUGCAGGUUCCUGAAAGGAUUGUUGUUGCAGGUGAUGAAGAGGACCCGAGAUUCACCCGUCCAAGAGACUUGGAUUUAAUUCAGUCUGUCCCACCUUUGGACCUUCUGAGCAUGAAGGCUCCUCCACGUGUCCUCACCCUUACAGAGCAGCCUCUGGACUCUCUCGAAACAGACCAAACUGCCAACUCACAGACUAACCCCAGCCAAGCAGCCAACAUUCACACUCGAUCUCGGAGGGAACGCAGCGCAAGUGAGAACAUCUCUGCACGUCAGAGCAGUCAAAUCAGCAGGGGUGAUAUAAGCGUCACCCUGUCCCCUCCUGCACUGCCAGUUCGUUUGUGUCCUCCCCUCUGCUCCCCUGAAGAUGCAAACAUCAACCUGUUCACAGCUGCAGGGUUCCUGUCCUACGUUCAGUCAACAACACGCCGCGCGUACCAGCAGAUCCUUGACGUUCUGGACGACAGCCACCGCAGGACACACCUGGACUUGGCCCUGGAUUUAAACCCAGAUGAGUCUGGCCUAGUUGAUGCUUCAUCACUGCGACGUCAGAUCGUGAAGCUGAACCGGCGUCUGCAGCUGCUGGAGGAGGAAAACAAAGAACGGUCCAAGCGGGAGGUGAUCCUGUACUCUGCCACAGUGGCUUUCUGGCUCAUUAACACCUGGAUCUGGUUACGUCGUUAAAAUGGGAAAGGUAGUCCCCCAAAACACUGGAAGCCAAAGCAACUCCUUGUUAAAGGUUUAGUCAGUGAAUUACAGCACAUCUUUAUUUAAAGGUAUCAAUGGAACAUCACAGUGACUCUACACUGUGUCACCACCAGAUUUCAAGCAUUGUAAAUACCACGUUUAGUAAAUAUUAAUCCUGGAGGUGGCUUGUUUCCACCACUGCAAGCCGAGCUACACUGUUGUUUUGGUGAGUUGUUACCACAGAAAAUAAAUUAAUAAGACUAAAGUUAUCAGACAAAGUCAAAGAUUUUUUCUGUCUCUCUUAAAAAAAAAACUAAAAAAGCUCAGAAAAAUACAGAACAAUGCCUCAGCUGUAGGCCUUCACAAAGUACGAUCUUAGAUUUGAUGUGUUAGCAAUAAAUUCUACUUAAUGAAGUUAGAAUUGCUGCAAGAUAAAACAUGUAUAAACACAUUAUUAUCUCUGAGACAGUGUUGAAGUCCAAGUAAGAAUCUGUAUUUGAGACCACCUACAAACUAGUUGUUCAUAGUUCAUUUUUUUUUAUUUGUGGGGGAAAAAACAAUGAGAAGUAACCCAGUAUGCACAGGAUCCAUGUACCUGUGUCCUUCAUCUUUCUGGCAAAACCACAGAAAACCCUGAAAAUGAAUUAGCACAAUAGGCCUCUUUCACCAAUAUCUUCUUAAAUUCCUUCUAAAGUUGCUUUUUCUCAAGAAAAGCCGUCGUCAGAAAUCAUUAACUUGUUCUUGGACUGUUGAAUUGAUUAAAGCCAGUCCUGUAAACUGAAGCUGUUGUGUAGCAUAAAAGAGUCGUGUGCGUAUCUUAAAGAGCUGGAGACCACAUUCAGAGAGUGGUUCUGGUAGUCAAAUGAGUUGGACAUUUAUGGAGGUUCCAGCUGAGGUAUUGCAACAGGCUGCUUUGUUGUGAAGGUGUGUGCAGUCUACUGCAUCAGUGGUAUCAGAGGACCAACAUCAGAACUAACCUCUUCUAGAAGAGUGCUCCCUGGACAUGGGGCAGCAUGAGAUACAUGCCGUAUAGAAGAUUUUUAUACACAUAAGGAAACAACAGACCUAACAUGUAGCAUGUACCAAAAUCACUGUAAGAAACUCAACUUAAAGACUCUCAAGCAUUGGCAUCCAAACAGUUCAAACCUCAAUUAAUUAUAUGGGAAUGUAAGAAAAACAUGUCCACUGUAGAGCUUCUGCUAAUUUCUCCACACAAAGUGUCGUAGGAAAGCAGACUGCUGAUUACAAAGAUGUCCGUCUCAUCUUUGUGGGACAAAAACUCAGAAAUCUUUUCUUACUUUUAUUGUUUUGUGGUUAAAACUUUUAUUCCAGCUAUAAAAAACUCUCCUGAUGUGUUCUAAAUGAUAGCUAAGAUCCAUAGCUUUUGAAUAAAAUUAAAUUAAAAAUACUUUCUACAUUUCAGAGGGAAUAUAGAAAGCAGUUUUAGGAGAGUAAAUGUCCAAAUAAGUCCUCCUUACUCACUGUGCAAAUGAAUCUUAUAGGUCAUGAAAGAUUCUCUCUGUAGGUGAACUUAAAGCAACAGUAAAUAUGUUGCUCUGAGAGCAGGACUGGGACCACAUUUGGUAUAUGAAAAGAGUGGAACCACUAAAAUUGUGUUAAGACAUGUUGGUGAUUGAGGCCCAAUAUGUUAAUUCAGUAGUUUUAGUAUAAAAGUAGUUCGUAGAAUGAUCGGCAUCCUGUACCCUUCAGUUAUUUAGGUUUCAUUGUGCAGCUGACCAAUGAAGGCUCUGCUGAAGGUUUAGUUUUAACUAAAGAGAAGUGUCAUGUUUAAACGUAGCUUUAAGCUGAAGUGACUGUGAUACUAAAAUAAGUGUUUUAUUCAUGGGCAAACAAGGAUUUACUUCAGUGACAAAUGUUUUGGGAACACAGCUUGUAGCUGGGACUACAGUUACAGGACUAAACCUCAGACCUGAACUGGUUUCUUAUUUUGGUUAUGAACUCUCAUUCGUAAAGUGUCAAAAUAUAAUCAGUAAAUCUAGCGAUGCUAUAACAUUUUCCCUGAAUGUCCUCUGAGCUCUUCAUUACUUCAAACAUUUGUUUAAAAUACUUGAAUAGUGUAUUUCUCUGAUGUUACUUAAAUGUUAUACCCUCCCUUUUAUUUUUAUACAUCUCUUUGGCAAUUAAAUGUUUAGAGAUUGUCAUAUGAAUUUGAUUAAUUGAGGGAGAAAACCUAAGCUAAGGAUAUAGGAUAUAUGUGCAAUGCAAAUUAAUUCUGGUUAUUUUGAAAUAAUGAAAUAAUUUAAUUCCCGAAGGUCCUGAAGGUUUAUUUAUCUCAGUGUUUCAGUGAUCAUUCUGCAAAGAACCUCUGCAUGUGUCAUUUAAAAGUGCAGUUUUAAGUUUAAUAUAUUAAAUUAUUUUUUUUUCUUUUGUAACAUAUUGGUUGUCUGUAUAUAUUUUUUCUGUAAUAAAUGGAUGUUCAGUU